GAUUAGCAUAUCAAUAAUAUCAUUAGCAAGAGAGAAACGGAGAGAUGGAAAAUGUUGAAAUGAGAGAAGAAGUAGUGAUAGUAGCAGGUGGGGUUGCAGGUUUGGCAACAGCAUUAGCACUUAAGCGAGUUGGAGUCAAGAGUUUGGUGUUAGAAAGAGCAAAUGAGCUGAGAGUUACUGGUGGUUCUCUAACUCUUUUCUCAAAUGCUUGGAUUGCUCUUGAAGCACUUGGUGUUGCUCAGAAGCUUACUUCUCUUUACAAACCUUAUAAAAGGGGAGCAGUUACUAAUGUUGCAAAUGGUAUUACCCAAGAGAUUCUGUUUACAACUGAUGAAUGGGAUGAGUGGUUGGCAAGAGGACCUAGGCCUGUACAUAGAAGAGCCUUACUUGAAGCUCUGUUAGAAGAACUACCAACUGAUACAAUCCGUUAUUCAUCAAGGGUUCGCUCUAUUGAAAAAACUGAAACACGUAAUGACGGCGUGACUAUUCAUUUGGAGGAUGGGACUACUAUCAAUACCAAGAUUUGUUUGACAGGUUUUGAUAGGGUGUGAUGGCGUGCACUCUGUGGUGGCAAAGUGGUUAGGGCUUAAGGAUCCGGUUUAUUCAGAUCGAUAUGCAGUGCGUGGACUAGGAGUUUUUCCUGAAGGUCAUGCAUUGAAGCAUG